AUGGUUUCCACUCCAACCAUGUUUGGGAUACCUUUAAAAUAUAUUAGUUUGAUAAUUCUGUGUAUUCAGAAUAGUACUUUAGUAAUCGUAAUGCGAUAUUCACGAGUUAUAGAGGAUAGAGAAAAUCAAUAUUUCACCUCUACAGCAGUAUUUUUAUCAGAGUUAACAAAACUUAUAAUCUGUCUCUAUGUAGCUAUCAGAAAUCAAAUGGUUGAAACAGGUCAAUGGAGUAUUAUAGAACUUUAUAAUCAAGUUUUUACAUCAGACGCAUGGAAAUUAAUGAUACCAGCUGCUUUAUAUACGAUUCAAAAUAAUUUGCAAUAUAUUGCAGUUAGUUUAUUGGAUGCAGCGACUUUUCAAGUAACUUAUCAACUUAAAAUUUUAACAACGGCUUUAUGUUCAGUUAUUAUGCUUAAAACAUCUUUAAGUCUAAUUAAAUGGUUAUCAUUAGUUUUACUUACUUUUGGUGUUGCAUUAGUUCAAAUGUCUAAAACGAAAUCUGAAACCGAAAAUGAAAUAAUUGAUGAAGAUUUAGAUAUGGAAAGAUUCGUAGGUUUAGGAGCAGUUGCUGUAGCAUGUGUAAUUUCGGGUAUUGCAGGAGUAUAUUUUGAAAAAGUUCUUAAAGGUACUCAAUCAUCUUUAUGGAUACGUAAUAUUCAACUUUCUUUUUUUUCAUUAUUUCCUGCAUUAAUUUUGGGAGUUUGGUUAAAAGAUGGAUUAGAUGUAUGGGAAAAAGGAUUCUUUUUUGGUUAUAAUGCUGUGGUAAUAGCUGCAAUUUCAUGUCAAGCUAUUGGUGGUAUAAUAGUAGCUUUAGUUGUUAAAUAUGCAGAUAAUAUUCUAAAAGGAUUUUCUACUUCCAUUUCCAUUAUUCUUUCGUUUAUCGCUUCAGUUUAUAUUUUUGCAUUUGAGGUUACGACCAAUUUCGUAAUCGGCUCUGUCCUCGUAUUAAUUGCUACUUAUAUGUAUAGUAAACCUGAUGUUCCUAGAAAAGAUUAUAUUCCUGUUGGAAGUGGAUCUAAUAAUAAUAAUAAUGAUUAUGAUGAUGAAACAAAUGAUAAAGUUGAAAUGAAUGAAAUAAUUGAAAAUAAUAAAGUUGUAGAUAAUAAAAAUAAUAAUAAAAAUAAUAAUAGAGAUUAA